AUGUCUUUCAGAGCGGGUUUCGGUCACAACGUUAAGAAUCUCGGAGACGAGCUAUCUGCACAGGACAGGAUUACUGUGCCCGAGUAUUUGAGAUUACUUUCCUGUAAGAGGAGAAAAUCGGCUGCGCGAUCUCGAAGGAAGAGCUUAAGCUCUGGAAGGUUAAUUCGCAAUCCGCGAAUGUUAAAAGAAACAAGCGAUAACCCUUUAGGCUUGAUACGACCGUGA